AUGCCUGCCUCUUCGAGCGGUUUGCAAGCGUCUUCCAAAACUAAUAAUGGAUAUGUUUCAUAUCCUCCAUAUGAGAUUCGGGCACAUAAUGAUCAGUUGUUACAACUGGAACGACCUUUUUUAAAUCCAUUAGGACGAGGAGCAGAUUACACUGAUUAUAAACACAUCAUUUAUGCACCAGCUAAAGGUGAUAAAUAUGAUGCUGCUGGUUUGCCAACUAUUAGUGAUGCACUUGCAACUGGCAAUCAAAUAGAAAUCGAUAAAGAAAUAGCUAUUGCUGCUUAUUUUAUACGAGGAGCUUUAUCAAUAUUAAAACAAUUUGAUAAAUUUAUUUCAUAA